CCCGCAGGGAUUGGCCGGGCUCUCCCCUCUCCCCCGUUCGGCCCCUCCCCGCCGCCCAUUCCCGCACCGCUCGGCGCAGCGGUGCCCGGUCCGUAGCCGUGAUGUGGCCGCUGGGUGCCGGUCGUUUUGCGGGCUGCCUGCUGCUGUGCUGCGCUCUGGCCGCGUCCCGCGUCGCCCCGCGGCGGAGGAGGCCGUCGUUCGUCGGGCAGGUGGCGGAGAACCGGCCGGCGGGGACUCGCGUGCAGGGGCUGAGCAUCCCGCUGACCCGGCUGGGACACGAGUCCUGGUGCGCCGAGGUUCGGGGCCGCCGCUGGCGCCUGCAGCUGCUGGGUGACGGCCACGCGCACUUCCAGGCUGCGCUUCACGCCCGCUCGGGACGCGUUUGGCUGCGCACCCGCCGCCCGCUGGACCGCGAGGCGCGGCCGCUGUACGCGCUGAGCCUGGGGCUGUGCUGCCGGAGCUGCGCGCCGCGAGGAGCCGCCCCCGCCGAGCUGGCCGCCAUCACCGUCCGCGUGUUGGACGACAACGACAACGCGCCGCGCUUCGUGGACGGGCCGCCCCGCGGCGUCGCGCGGCUCCGCGUGGAGGAGACCCUGGCGCUGCGCUCCGCAGUGUGGCACGUCCGGGCCGAGGACGCGGACUCGGGGCGCAACGCGGAGCUGCGCUACUUCGCCCGGCCGAGCAGCGCGCAUUUCUUCGUGGUGCCGCGCAGCGGGCGCGUGGUGCUGGUGCGCUCCCUGCUGCACCUGCGGGCGCCCCUUGCGCUGCGCCUCUACGCGCGGGACCGCGGGCGGCCGCCGCUGCUCAGCGAGCCCCUGCGGCUGGAGGUGCUGCCCCAGCCCCGCCGUCUAACGCCGCCCCGCGCCCGACGCCGCGCUCCUCCGCCGUCGCCGCCCUCGGCCGCUCCGCUGGCGCUGGCGGUGCCCGAAGACGCCCGGCCCGGCUCCCUCGUGGCCGCGCUGCCUCCCGCGCCCUUCGCCGCCGCCUGGUUCGAGCUCGUGUCCCCGCCCGCAGAGCGGUGCCCGCUGCGCGUGGAGCGGGACGGCGGCGCGGUGACCGUCGCUGCGCCCCUGGACCGGGAGGCGGCGGCCGCGUGGGAUGUUAAAGUCCGUGUCCGGCAGCGCGAAGGGAAAGAAUGGUAUUUGUUGCACUUAACGCUUACUGUGAUGGAUGUGAAUGACAACGUACCUGAAUGGGCCAUGGAGCCCUUCCCAUUCUUGGCCGUGGUUUCUCCCCAAGCUACAGAAGGAACUGAAGUAUAUAAGCUGCUGGCUGUGGAUGCAGAUGAAGGGAUCAAUGGAACCGUAGAAUAUUUUCUCCUGGAAGGUGGAGAAGGCAGAUUUGAGGUUGAGAAGGACACGGGCUGGAUUAAAACAACAGGCUUGCCAUUGGUGAGGAACAAGGAGUAUUUACUGACUGUGCUAGCAGCAGAUAAACUUGGAAGCAAAGGGUCUCCAGCCUCUGUUUCUGUAAUUGCUGGCUUUCGACCACCACAGUUCACUGAGACGUCAUACUUGGUUUAUGUUCCUGAAAACAUCGCAGAAGGAGAAUCCUUUCUUAGGGUCAGUGCUGUAUCAUAUCAAAACAAAUCCCUGAGCUACGCUUUGCUAACCAAUCCAAGCGGUCUGUUCAACAUUGAUCAGGCAACAGGGGAUAUCAGCUUAACACGGAGCGCGGAUUACGAGAGUGACCAACACCAGUACCUUCUUUUGGUCAGAGCAGAGGAAAAUGAACAAUUCAGUAGCGCAGCUGAGGUUGUGGUUGUAAUCACUGAUGUGAACGACUGCGCUCCAGAAUUUCAUCAGUCCAUUUACAGCAAAGUUAGUGUUCCUGAAACAGUUACUAUGACUACUGCACUUCUACAAGUGACAGCCACUGACUGUGAUUCAAAAGAAAAUGCCGAAAUAUUGUAUUACACUUUGAGUCCAGACUUCAGUAUUACUUCUCAUGGUACUAUAUUCCCAGCAAGAGAACUGGACUAUGAACGACCUGACCAUCUUUAUGAGUUCAUAAUUAUGGCUGUGGAUAAAGGGGAAGAUCCAAAGACUGGGACAGCAACUGUUAGGAUCCAUAUUUCAAAUAUAAAUGAUGAAGCUCCUGAGUUUUCCCAGGCAAUCUACAGGAGCUUCGUUUCCGAAGAUGCAGGCCCAAAUACAUUGGUAGCUACAGUCAGUGCUGUUGACCCUGAUGGAGAUGGCGUGACUUAUGAUAUUCCCUCUGGGAAUCAAAAAGGAAACUUUAUUGUCGACCCUAAGAAAGGGCUUGUUAGACUUCGUUCAAGCCCAUUUCCAAAGCUGCAGGGGACAGAGUAUGUACUUAAUGUCACAGCUACUGAUGAUAACGCCUCAGGAGGGCCCCAUUCUCUUACAAGCACUGCCCAGGUUAUUGUGAAAAUUGAUGAUGUCAACAACAACAAACCAGUCUUCCAGAAGUGUCAUUAUUAUAGGGAACAUGCUUCUGUGUUGGAAAACCAACCCUCAGGGACAGUUGUACUGCAAGUUGAAGCCACUGAUGCUGAUGAAGGAGCCAAUGGUGUAGUGAGAUAUGGCUUGAUGCACAGAGAUGGUGUCCUACCAGCAUUUAGUAUUCAUCCUGACACAGGAGUUCUGACAACUGUCCAGGUAUUUGAUCGAGAAAAACAGAGGGAAUAUCCUGUCACUGUGACAGCAACAGACCAGGCAGCAGAACCGCUCAUUGGAAUAUGUCAGAUAAACGUUGUCAUUCUGGACCAAAAUGACAAUGAUCCCAGAUUUGAAAACACCCACUAUGAAUAUUUCCUAAGAGAGGACACAAGAGUUGGGACCAGCUUUCUUCGUGUUACAGCCCGUGAUGAUGACUACGGCUCAAAUGCUGCCAUCACAUACUCCAUAGCAAAUGAGGAAACAGAUUAUUUACAAAUUAAUCCCACUAGUGGCUGGAUAUUUGUUAACCAACCCAUCUCUCAGAGGUCAUCUAUAAUUCGAGAUAUUAUUGCUACAGAUGGAGGCAAUAGGAGCAGUAAAGUCGAACUUGUUGUAACUGUUAUGAGUGCAGAAAACCAGACUCCACAGUGGGAAAGAGACAGCUAUGAAGUUGUCAUUCCAGAGAAUACUACACGAGAUGCAUUAGUUUUGAGAAUCAAAGCAACUUCUCCCUUUGGUGAUCCUCGUGUGACUUACAGCCUAGAAGAGGGACUUGUUCCAGAAACCAACAUGCCAGUUCGCUUCUACUUGACACCAAACAGAGUUGAUGGCUCCGCUUCAAUCCUGGUAGCUGAGCUACUGGAUUAUGAAACAACAAAGAACUUUCUGCUGAGAGUUCGAGCACAGAGUGUUGCUGCAGUUCCUCUGGCAGCAUUCACUAUGAUUUAUAUUAAUGUAACAGAUGUUAAUGACAACGUCCCAUUCUUCACCUCAUCUAUUUAUGACACCUCAGUAGCAGAGGGAGCUGGUACUGGGACAUUUGUCAUUCAGGUCUCUGCCACUGACCGUGACCUUGGUCAGAAUGGUGAGAUAACUUACUCUCUGUUACAUGACCAUAGUGGAGACUAUGCAUGUUUUCACUUGGACUCACAGACAGGCUCAAUAUACACUGCCUCAGUGUUUGACAGAGAGAAGAAGGGAUCCUAUCUUUUAGAAGUUGAGUCAGUUGAUGGCUCUGAAUCAGCUCGACCUGGAAAACAUGGGAGGCCAAAUUCUGACACAGCCUAUGUGCGUGUUUUUAUCACUGAUGUGAAUGAUAACAAGCCUGUCUUCACUCAAAGUGUCUAUGAAGUAAAUGUGAAUGAAGAUCAGGAUGUGGGCUCAACUAUCAUUACAGUCAGUGCUAAUGAUGAAGAUGAAGGAACAAAUGCUAAGUUGCGUUAUCAGAUCACUGCUGGAAACACAGGAGGAGUGCUUGGUGUACAGCCAGAAACGGGAGCUAUUUUUAUUGCCCAGCCACUGGAUUAUGAAGAAACAAAAGUAUAUGAGAUCCACUUGUUGGCUUCUGAUGGGAAAUGGGAAGAUUAUGCAGUUACUAUCAUCAAUGUUGUGAAUCAAAAUGACGAGUCUCCAGUUUUCUCUAUCAAUGAGUACUAUGGAAGUAUAAUUGAAGAACUGGAUGGGUUACCAGUCUUUGUGCUUCAGGUUAUGGCAAAUGAUCCUGAUAGUGAUGUGGACAAAGGAGAUUUGAGUUACUCAUUGCAUGGGCAUGGUGCUGCUGAUAUUUUCACAAUAGAUGAGUACACAGGAAGCAUUUAUGCUCACAAGAUGCUGGAUCGGGAAGAAAGAGCACUUUGGAGAUUUGUUGUAUUAGCUACUGAUGAAGGUGGAGAAGGACUUACAGGAUUUGCUGAUGUAAUUAUUAAUGUGUGGGAUAUAAAUGAUAAUGCACCCACGUUCACAUGCAUGCCUGAUGAUUGCAAUGGGAGUGUCUUUGAAAAUUCUCCUGCAGGUACAUUCAUCAUGGAGAUGCGUGCAGUUGAUCACGAUGAUCCAAAUGUAGGUCUUAAUGCUGUUUUGACUUACAGGAUAACAGAGAAUGUAAAAAAUGAGUUUGGUAGUGACAUGUUUGAUAUCAAUCCCAAUACCGGUGCCGUCCAUGUGGCAGAAGGAGUUUUAGACAGAGAAAGGACUGCAAUUUACUUCCUUACCGUUGAAGCAAGAGAUGGGGGAGGGCUGACAGGAACUGGUACUGCCACCAUCUGGAUUGCAGAUGUCAACGAUCAUGUACCUAAUUUCACAAAAGAGAUGUGGCAGGUGGCAAUUCCUGAAAACACUGCCAUCAACUCAGAAGUUCUGCGAGUGUCUGCAACAGAUGCAGAUGGUGGGGAAAACGCUCGCUUAACAUUCAGUAUCAUCAGGGGAGACCCAGAUCAGAAGUUUUAUAUUGAGAAUGACAAAGAAUGGCAAUGUGCCACUAUCCGACUGAAAAAAAAGUUGGAUUUUGAAAAAGCAAAUGAAAGACAGUUUAAUCUUACUAUUAAAGUGGAAGAUGUUGAUUUUUCUAGUACUGCUGUGUGCCUGAUUGAAGUUGAAGACUCUAAUGACCACAGUCCAGCUUUCCAUUCUCAGCUUAUUCAGACAAGCCCUAUUCUUGAAAACAUGCCUGUAGGUACUACAGUAACCACAGUGAGAGCUACAGACAAGGAUUCAGGUUUGAAUGGGAACAUUAUAUACUCUAUAAAGACAGAAUCAGAUCCUAUGAGGCAAUUUGUCAUUGACCAGCAUGGUCAUGUGAUUGUGGCAAAUAAACUAGAUCGUGAAGUCAUUCAGAAAUACAGUUUGAUUGUGCAAGCUUCAGAUCAAGGGACACCUGCUGAAACUGGAAGUGUUACGGUUUUAAUUAACUUGCUUGAUGUUAACGACAAUGGACCAAGGUUUGAGGCACCGUACAUGCCAGUAGUUUGGGAAAACAUGUUGAGCCCUGAAAUAGUGCACAUGAAUCAUUCAUCAAAACUACUUCAUGCUUAUGAUCCAGACAGCGAGGAAAAUGGGCCACCGUUUACAUUUUCACUGCCACCAGAUUAUUGGAAUUCUUUGGAUUUUUCUCUUACUGACAACAGAGACGACACUGCAACCAUAACUGCUCUGAGGUCCUUUGACAGAGAAAAGCAGAAGGUGUUUCAUCUGCCAAUAGUAAUAACAGAUAGUGGGAUUCCAGUUAUGAGCUCUACAAACACCUUAACAAUAACAAUUGGUGAUGAAAAUGACAACUGCCAUGAAUCUGGCCAUAAGGAUGUCUAUGUUUACAGUAACAAAGGAAAAUGGUCAACAACAGUGCUUGGGGAAGUGUUUGCACCAGAUCAGGAUGAGUGGGACAAUAAAACAUUCCUCUCUGAAGGAAAACUGUUCAAGUCUUUCAGAAUAAAUCAGAGAACUGGUUCGUUGAUGAUGGUGGAUAAUGCCCCUCAAGGAAUAUACAACUUAAAAGUCAGAGUUUCUGAUGGAGUUUGUCCUGAUGUUAUAUCUACAGUACAAAUCCAUGUAAAAGAGCUGGAAAAUGAAGCCAUACAAAACUCGGCCACUGUGCGUCUCUCAGAUAUCACUGCAGAGGAGUUUAUACAGAGCGGUGAACGUGGCAAAAACAGAUACAACUUGUUCAAGGAAUUACUGGCAAAAAUGCUAUCAGUUAAGUUUAGUGAUAUCAUUGUCUUCGGUUUGAUGAACACUGAUGGAAAGCAGGCAGAUGUAAGAUUUGCAGUUCAUGAUGGCUCAGCAUAUUACAGACCUGAGAAACUGCAUGCUGAGAUGGCAGCAUUUAAAAAUGAGAUCCAGUCAGCUUUACAAGUGAGCAUCUCACAGAUUGACGUGGAUGAAUGUAGGAGUGCAAAUUGUAGCGAGGGCAGUGAUUGUAUGAACCACCUCUCUGUAAGCAACAUCCCAACAGUGGUGGAUGUAGGGAGUGUGUCCUUGGUCUCUGUGACAACCACCAUCAGCGCUGUCUGCACCUGUGCUGCCAGGAACCAAGUCCAUCAGCCUUGUUCCUCCUAUGCCCGCAGCCCUUGUCUCAAUGGUGGGAUGUGUAUUGACACUUUGAAUGGUUACAGGUGUCUUUGUCCUGCUUCGUUUCAUGGACCAGACUGCCAGCAGACAAAACACAGCUUCCAUGGACAUGGCUAUGCCUGGUUUCGUCCCAUCAGGCCUUGUUUUGAAAGCUCACUUUCUCUAGAGUUCAUUACCACAGUUCCGGAUGGACUUCUAUUAUACAGCGGUCCUUUAUCAAAUCCAGAACCUGGGAAUACAGAAAACUUCAUUGCAAUAGAACUCUCCAGUGGCGUUCCUGUGCUGAAGAUGAGCCAUGGCUCAGGUUCUGUGAUGCUGCAGUUUCCAAGUCACCUGAAUGUCACAGACAAAAAAUGGCAUCAACUGGAAGUGAGAACCAACGGCCAGGACGUUCGAUUCACUUUGGAUCGCUGCAGCACAGCUGUUGUUUCAGAGAUGGAAGGAGUGGGCAAAUGGCUGUCUACUGAUGAUCGUACAAACUGUGAAGUCUUGGGGUCUGUUCCCCGAAGGGCCAGGUAUUUGAAUGGGAACCACGUUCUUCAGCUGGGCGGUGUAAAAGAAUCGUUGCCAUAUUCCUACCCACAGCUGCUACACAAACACUUUUCUGGUUGUGUGCGCAAUUUUGUCUUGGAUAGCCAGAUAUACGACCUUCAGUCUCCUGCAGAGUCCCUGAACAGCUUUCCGGGCUGCGUGCUUACUGAUGGGAGCUGUGAGGCCAUAGGCUCUUCUUCCUGUGGUAUUCAUGGCAGGUGUCUUGGAGACUGGGGCUCAUUUGCUUGUCAUUGCUUGCCUGGCUACUAUGGCUAUCGAUGCGAUAAAGUUGCCAAAGAGUAUACAUUUGGGCCAGGAAGUCACAUUCGCUAUCAGCUUCCCGUCAGUGUACCUGCCCGCAGGACGCUGUUUGAAGCUAUGAUUAGGACGCGGCAGCCUGACAGUGUCAUCACAAGCAUGUUGUCUCGAAAUAAGGAUGAACACAUAACCCUGCAGGUUGUUCGGGGAUUCUUAGCAGUCUCGUAUAAUCUGGGUGAUGGAGAUUAUUCUCUAAGCCUUCCAUCCUACAACAUUGAUAAUGGUGAGUGGCAUCACGUCACACUGGACAGAAAUGAAAAUGAAUUUAUUCUUCGCCUUCACGAGGGAGGUGGGAAGAGAGAAAUUCUGAAAGCAGCGGGAAUAUACAAAGAGAUUGUGAUUGACCCCAGCAGCUUGGUCCUAGGAAACACCUACCCAUUUGAUCUCAACAAGAGUUUUCAAGGAUGUAUGAAGGAUGUCAGAUUUAAUAACUACAGGAUCCCACUGGACAUUCACACAAAGGAGCUGGUGUCAGUAUUAAGUGCCCAAGGUGUCACAGAAGGCUGUUCUUCAGAGGCUUGUAGGAAUAACCCUUGUAACCAGGAAUUUAUUUGUAUUGAUUUGUGGAUGAUGCAUGAAUGCAGUUGCCCUCCAGGACACAUGGUUGUGGAGAACGCCACUGGUAGACAGUGUGUCCCCACUGCAUGUGCACAAAGGCCCUGUAACUAUGGUACCUGCAUCUCGCAAUCGCCAACCAAGUUCCAAUGCCACUGCCCUGACGGCUAUACUGGACGUAACUGUGAAAUCACAUUGGCGAUCUUUCACAAGGAUACAGGCCUGACCUUUAGUUCCAUGUUUGCUAUCUGCAUUUGCUUUUUGGCACUGUUAGUUCUGUUCAGCGCUGUCUUCUUGUGGGCUCUCUGGAAGCAUCGCAAAAGUCUGGACAGCGGAGUUCACAGCGCAGCUGCACAUCAUGAUGAUUUGGAGGACAUCAGAGAAAAUAUCCUCAACUACAAUGAAGAAGGGGGUGGGGAACAAGACCAAAAUGCAUACAACAUGGCAGAGCUGCAGGUGUCUGUUCAGACCAGCCCAGCUUAUUCCCUCUACAAGAAGAAAGCGAAAACAACAGAAUGGAACAGCUUCUUUAGUGCUGCAUCUCCAGGCAUGCAGGAGCAGACCAGAACAUCUGUGACUAUACAAACACCUUUUACAAGCAAAGCCUUUGGUCAGUACUUGUCAGAUAUUGUUCAAGAUGCUGACCACAGUCCCCAGGCUGUUCCCCAUGACUCACUGCAGGUGUUUUGCACUGAAGGAGAAGGCUCAGUCGCUAGUGGUCUCAGUACCUUGAGCUCCUCUGAACCAGAUGAGGAUGUGGUGUAUGAUGACAUUAAAGAGUGGGGAUCAAAGUUUGAGAAAUUAAGUGAACUCUACUCACAUACGGAUGCAGAAGAUCGGUAGAUACCAGCUGUACUAUUAUCUGGAAGGGACUGUGAAGGACAGCUUUUCAUGUUCUUGCUACUUACUUUCAAUUAUCAUGUACCAUUGCCCUUCCUCCUUUUAUUUUUAAAACAACUUUCCCAUUAAUGGACAACAAUUUGCACUUGAACAAAAUAUUUAAUAGUAGGAGCUUAUCCUGGGACAUUCAGAACAUUUAAUUUGGGGUAUAAAAACUAAAGGAAAAAAGCAUAAAUCAGUGAGCUGCUUAAACCAUUGAAUAUCUUCAUUUUUGCUUACAGUUGCAUCAGUAGCUUGUUUGGGGAGGUCUGGCUUUUGUUUCUAUUUUAUAGGUUAGAUUAAUUUGCACAUUUUCAAAUGAUAAAUGUUCAUGCGGAAUCUUAUUCUUGCACAUGUCUGUGACACAAUUUCAACCAACAGUUACACAUUUCAUAUAACAUGGCAUCUUUUCUGGAAAAAGUAAAGGCUAUUUUUACCCAUCCCUGCUAAUUUUGAUUCACAGAUGGUACAUAAGUUAUAUUAGUAUUGUUUCCCUGAUACCUGUAAAGAAACAUUGGCUAAUAUAUCUUCUAAUGCUCACAAGGUGGGUAUGUCAGAUUCUAUAGUUCAUUGCCAGAGCAGACAUAAACAGUGAAUGAAAAUUGGAGCAAACAGAAAACAUGCAAAAAAAGAAAAAGAAAAAAACAACCCCAAAAAAAGAUCCCUUCCUCAAACAUCAUUAAUUGCGUCUGCACAUCUUGUGUUCUUGCCACAGCCAUGGAUAUACUGCCAUUUUGGUUGCUUUUAAUUUAAUUUAGCUUGUAAGCUCUUUGGGGCAAGCAAUGUCUUUAUUUGUCUGUGAAGUGUCAUGUAUAUCUAAAGCACUAUUUAAAUAAUAAAUAAGCCUUCUGAAUGUGAUGUCUCUUCCUUGCACAUGUUUAAGGUUGACUGAACUUUGGACUCCUGUUAGUUGUUCCUUACUCAGCUUUGAUCAACCACUUCCACAGACACGUUCAUGGACCCUGUUCUGGCUGAGAAGGAGCUGAGGGAAGCAGCUCACCUUCCCAAGAAAGCGCCCAAAUGAUCUGACUACAGGGUACAGUGAUAAGGUGAGCUCAGUCCUGGAGAAGCACUUAGACUUCUAUAAAGUACUUAAAUGGUUACUGGGUGGGAGUGAAAACAAGCCAGACCAGAGCUUGGUCACUUUGAGCCACAUGGGCAGCUGGGUUGCUCAGACAGAGCUGUAGAUUUGCUCAGGUUGAGAAGUCUCUCAUUUCCAUUCCCAAAGAGGCAGUUUGGAAGCCAAACUGAAGUAGAAACUGAAGUUGCUACUCUACUACUUCUAUCCCAAUUCCAGCUAUGGAACUGAUUUGUAAGCAAACAAAUAAUAAAUAAACACUCAGUUUAUCUGCAUUUUGACAAAGGCUUUUACAGAAUAAAACAAAAAGGUCAGAAAAAAACAUUUCAAAUGCGACAUGAACUUAUGUAUAUAGAAUCUCAUCACAUACACAUUUACAGCUGUCACGCUCUAUUAAAAACACACUUUCCUUGUUUCUAGAGAUUACUAAUUAGUUCAAUUAAUCUAUGUCUUAAUUUGCAUUUGCUCUUUUAAUUACUGUGCAGUUUGUGAAAGCACUUGUUUCGCAUAUACAAGACACAAGAAUUUCAGUUCCUGUACAAAAACCCUUAUCACAGCACAGCACAAACAUCUUUCCAGAACAAGGGACAGCUGGUCUGCCAACAGGAAGCUUUGCAAUGAAUGGGGGGGAGAAAAAGAAUUUAAAUAAACAUCACUGUGUCCCUGGGUAGUUGGAUUUUCAGUAAUCUGGUACUUCUAUUAAUCUUCUUCCACAUUCUUUACAGAAUUUAACAUGUACUAAGAACAUUUUAUUUAGUAUAAAAUAUUUGUAAAGGUCUGAAAUUUAAAUAAUCGUGUGGAUAUUAGUAUUUAAUCUGUCUGCCUGCCAACUGUAUUAAUCUUCGUGUUUUUCCCCUUUUAACAUAACAUUCCAAGUAUGUAACACGGAGCCAAGCCAUAUGAAAGCUGAUUGUCCUUAGGUCUGACCUACUGGCUGGCACACUUAGAAGAAACCACAGCUGUAAGAGAAGCAGGGUUAGGAAAGGAGGAGCAAGCUGAGCUUCUUACUUACAGAAAUGACUCAUUCUAAGAUCAUUACUGUAUGUGUGAAGACACCUGAGGAAAGUAGAAACUACUGAAAAAUUCUUUCUUUCCCUUAAUACAGCCUGAAAUAAAACAGAAGUUUUCCUACCAGAAACUUUCUUAGUCCAUCCCAACAUAAAAACCAAAAUAUUUGAGUUUCCAAUUACACAAUUUAUUUAGUACAUACAUCCCUUUACAACAACAUAUAAAAUAACUAUAUAUUAGAUCACACCAACAGACCUUUGAAACACAAAAUGAGAAUUACUUACAGACCUCAAAGGCUUUUCUCCCCUAAAAACACCUUGACUACGUGAUAACCUUUUGUCUCUAUGAUCUCAAAUAGGUCAUUUGAUGCCUACCAUUCCACUUAGAGUGCACAGCUUAGUGUUCCUUCCUAACAAUAGCUAACACAGACAAGAAAUCACCAUGGUGUCGUUCACAUGGUCAUUAUUUGUAUGAUUUUUGUGAGUGCGUUGCAUUCUUGGGUGUGCAUCGUAUUUAAUACGAUGAAACAGUGAUGCCACAACAGCCACGUGGAAAUAAGGUGCAUCAGAAUAAUGUGGUUCAGGAACAGAUGAAGUUAUUAUAGAAUAGACUGAAAUAAAAUAAAAUUGCAUAUUUAAAUGCAGUUUUUUGUCAUAAGACUCAGGAAGCAGAGGAAAUCAGCCAGACAAACACCUCCUGGAGGUCUUCAGUACUUACACCCAGCCUCCAGGAACACAGAAUGUAGCCCUUUGUACCACCUGUGCCUUGGCCACCAGCCUCCCCAGCAUACCUCAGUGCUGGCAAGCUUUUAAAGUCAAGCAGGAGAACAGCUGCUUGCUGCUUCUGAGGGCCUUUCCUUGGAACUGGUGAGUCCUUUUGUUCCUUGGCAUUUUCUAUGUUGCUGUUGUAAGAAUGUUUUUCUAGCUGUUUUACUAUGUAGUCAUUUAAGCAUGUGCUUCCAUCUUAUCUUACAUGUUUCAAGUACAGAAACUGUUGGUGUUACUUGAAAGUACCACAAAUUCUGCUCAAUGCAGAACGUUAAGAAGUGCUUUGUAUCUGUCUAAUGCUUCAAAUUUCUGUGCCCUAAUUUAAGGGGUCAUCUGGAUUAGGAGCAGACAUUGUGUUACUGUGGUAGUUCUGCACCAGGAGAGCCAUGGUUUGCAUGCCUGGCUUUUGGUUUUUCUAUUUUUUU